AUGUCUCUUUUCUUUUCUUUUUUCUUAUAUCUCAUUUUCUUCUCCUCCAUCUUAUUUAUUUAUGCGUUUCGUUUUACCUUCUUUCUUAUCUUUCACUUUCUUCUUUUCUUUAUCUCAUUUCUUCCGACAUUUCUUCACUUCUUACUUUUUUUCUUUCUUCCUUAUCAUUCGUUUUCUUCCUCCUCUUUAUUUUAUUUAUUUACAUUUACCUUUUUCUUUCUUUCUUUCUUUCUUUCUUUCUUUCUUUCUUUAUUUAUUUAUUUAUUUCUAAUCGUUCAUUUACUUUAUUUUUUUUUAUUUUCUCUCUUUUUUUAUCGCUCACGUUCUACUUUUUCUUUGUCAUUUCUUUCUGCCUUUCUUCACUUUAAUCUUUCUUUCUUAUAUUUCUUAUCGCUUAUUUUUUCUUUUCUUUUCUUUAUCUUCUAUCUUUUUUCUCUCACUUUCUCCUUUUUUUUAUUCUAUUUUUCUGCCUUUUUUCACUUUAACUUUUCUUUCUUUAUGUUCUUUCUUAUCGUUCAUUUCCUUCUUUUUCUUUAUCAUCUUUCUUUUUUUAUCAUUCACGUUCUGCUUCCCUUUCUUUAUCGUCAUUCUUUCCUUUUUUUUUAUCGUUUAUUUUCUUCCUUUUAUUUAUCUUAUCUUCCUGCCUUUCUUCACUUUAACUUUUCCUUAUCUUCCUUCUUAUCAUUCAUUUUUUUAUUCUUUCUUUUCCUUUAUCUUGUCUUUCUUUUUUCUACUCAUCGGAAUUUCUUCUUCUUCUUCUUCUUCUUCUUCUUCUUCUUCUUCUUCUUCUUCUCUAUCUCUUAUAAAUUUUGUUCCUUUUCCUCUCUCUCUCUCUCUCUGUCUGUCUGUCUGUCUCUCUCUGUCUGUCUGUCUGUCUCUCUCUCUCUCUCUCUCUCUCUCUCUCCUAAACUCUAUUCUUCUAUCCGUUUGCACAAGCUCACUAGUCUUUUUCCCUCACUUCUCGCGCGCCGACCGACAUUGAGUUCAAUUAGUGUCAGGACUGCAAAAACAAUGGCUUGUGACGCACCAUGUCAUCUCCCUGAUCGAGCCACCUACCUGCCACACAUGUCUAUUCUCCCUGGCGUCAUCACAUUCGUCAACAACAUCGGCGUUAGCUAA